GCAGCCGCAGCCUGUCCCACGCAGUUCGGAAGGGUGGCUGGAGGACGCGCAUCCGCCGCCAUCACGGAGCGAAGCUGCCACAGCCGUCCCCGGCCUAGAACGCGGCGGCCCCUGGGCGAAAGCAGAUCCGGCAGCGGCGGUGACGACAGUGGCGGAGGGGUCCCGCCAGAGGAAUCCCUCCGCCUGCUGAGGAAAACGGCGAUGGCGACUUCGCGGGUGCCGGACCGGACGGAGUGGCGAGAGGGCGGGCGAGAGGCGGUCGCCGGGGCAGCGGUGGACGAUCUGGUCAUGGAAGCGGAGAGUGAAGUGGAGAGCAGCAGCGAUGCAGCCCCUCAGCCGGAGCGGCAAGAGGAGCCCUCCGAGAGCGGCCUGGGCAUGGAGGCGUUGGCAGCUGUGACUGCAGACAGCAGCGAUGCUGCCCGGGGGCCGGUCACUCUCUCCGAAGCAGACGAGUCAGGGGUUGGCCAGAGUUCAGACAGCAGAGGCGUCUCUCUGGCCGAGGAGCCUGAGAGCAGCUCCGGCAGAGACGCUCUGGCCCGGGCCCACCUGCCUGACUCCUCAUCCAUCGCGCAGUCUGCUCUGGUCUCCAGCGCCUCUGUUGCUGCGAGCCGGCCCCUUCUGGCCUCCCAGUCCCCUCAAGGCCUCGUGCACUCCAGCGUGCUGGCUGAAGGGGCGGCCGUGGUGUCCGGCCCCACAGCCUCCCCCUCCUCUGAGCUGGGUUCCGCCAUCGACAAGAUCAUCGAGUCCACCAUUGGGCCAGGCAUCAUUCAGAGGUGCAUUGCCGUGACCAGCGAAGAGGAUGGCGGGGCUCAAACAACCCAGUACCUCAUCCUGCAGGGGCCAGAUGACGGUGCCCCAGGGGUAUCCCACCUGGCCAGCUCGACCUUGGCCCUGGGCUUGACAGGGGAGUCUCUGGGGGAUGGCCCCACCUCCACCUGCGUGGAGCAGCCUGCCCAGCUGGCCCUGGCCGAGGAACCGGACUUGGAGCGCUUGGAGGAGCUGAUGGAGGUGGUGGUGGUGCAGCAGUACAAGUGCAAGAUGUGCCGCUACAGGAGCAGCGCCAAGCAGACCCUCCUCCACCACAUGCGCGAGCGGCACUUCCGGGCAGCCGCAGCUCCUGGGCUGAAAAAGGGGCGCCCACGUAAAGGGGUUUCUGUGCAAAAGCCCUCCGAGAGGGUAAAGCCAAAGGAGGAGGAGGAGGAAGAGGACGACGAUAUUGUGGAUGCCGGUGCCGUGGAUGACCCGGAAGACGACAGUGACUACAACCCGGCUGAGGAUGAGCCCCGGGGGCGGGCACCCAAGCUCAGCCGCCCCCUUCCCUCCUCCAGCAAAGAGCGGCUGCGCCGACGUCCAGGAAGGCCCCGCAAGCUCCCUCGCCUGGAGGCGGCACCUCCGCCUGAAGGUGAGGAGAUGGAUGCCGUGGUCUCCUCUCAGUGUGCUCCCGAGGGAGACCUGCAGAGUGCCGAGGGAGCCGCCCCAGCGCCUGUCGCGGGAGAGCAAGUCGCAGAGGCCACCGUCAGCCAGUCUGACUCGGAGAACAGAAGCCCCGCCUCUCACCAGGAGCCAGAGCAGAUGCCCCGGCGGCGAGGUCGGCCCUCCCACCGUUUCUUGGGCAAGAAAUUCUGCAAGUACAUGGGCCGCAGGUACUGCUACAAGUCCGCCAAGCCCCUGAUGCGCCCCUUCCUGUGCCGGAUCUGCGGCUCCCGUUUCCUCACGCACGAAGACUUGCGCUUCCACGUCAACUCGCACGAGGCCGGCGACCCGCAGCUCUUUCGCUGCCUGCAGUGCAGCUACCAUUCCCGGCGCUGGUCGUCCCUGAAGGAACACAUGUUCAAUCACGUGGGCCGCAAGCCGUACAAAUGCGAAGAGUGCGACUACACCAGCGUGUACAAGAAAGACGUCAUCCGCCACUCCGCAGUGCACAACCGGGACAAGAAGAAGCGAGCCGACCCGCCACCGAAGCAGAGCUCCUUUCCUUGCCCCGUCUGCAGCCGGGUCUACCCAAUGCAGAAGCGCCUCACGCAGCACAUGAAGACGCACAGCGCCGAAAAGCCCCACAUGUGUGACAAGUGCGGGAAGUCCUUCAAGAAGCGCUACACCUUCAAGAUGCACCUGCUCACCCACAUCCAGGCCGUUGCCAACCGCCGCUUCAAGUGCGAGUUCUGCGACCACGUCUGCGAGGACAAGAAGGUGCUGCUCAACCACCAGCUGCUGCACAUCAACGACAAGCCCUUCCGCUGCAGCCUCUGCUCCUACGCCACCAUGCGCGAGGACUUCCUGCUCUCCCACCUGGCCGUCAAGCACACGGGAGGCAAGCCCUUCGCCUGCGAGUUCUGCCACUUCACCACCAAGCACAAGAAGAACCUGCGCCUGCACGUCCAGUGCCGCCACGCAGAGACCUUCGAGGAGUGGGUGCAGCGGCACCCGGAGGAGCCCCCGUGCCGCCGCCGCCCCUUCUUCACCCUCCAGCAGAUUGAGGAGCUGAAGCAGCAGCACAGGCAGGCCCAGCCGGCCGCAGAGACGGCCCAGCCCAGCCCGCUGGUGAGUUGCCCGGGUCUUCCCUCGCAGCCCACCCGCACCCCCUUCCCCCUGCUGCUCUCACCCCUUUCUCUCCAGCAGGUCACCACCCAGCCAGUGGAAGCCCCCCCUGCCCCAGAGCCUGCGGUCCUCGCUCCAGAGCCGCUGGAGGGGGCCACGGUCAUCUACGAGGCAGGCGUGGAAGGCUCAGCCGAGCUGGCCACACAGACGGCCCUGGACCUCUUGCUGAACAUGAGCAGCCAGCGGGAACUGCCCGGCGGCACCCUGGAGGUAGCCAUGGUGAAGGCGGACGGCUUUUCCAAGGCCUCCGAAGCCCAGGUGCUGCCGGGCGGGGAGGCCGCCCACACCAAGGUGCUGACCCUGCAGGUGGCAGAGCAGAGCGAGGCCGUGGGGCAGGAGGCCUACGAGGAGGCGGCCCUGAGCAGCCCGGAGCUCCACCAGGUCACCAUCCCCUUCAGCGGCACGGCAGAGUACAGCAUCAUCGCCCCGAGCGGGGACACCGGCACCACGCUGUACAGUGAGGCGGAGAGCCCUGGCGAGGCUGUUCAGGCAGUGAUCAGAGACACCCUGAAGGACAUCAUGGCCCCCGGCAGCAUCCCAGAGGGGCAGCAGCAGCUUCCUGCAGAGCUGAGCGGGGAGCAGGCACAGCAGGAGGCCCCCUCGGGUGCCGCGUGGCCCCUGGUUCAGCGCUUCACCUGGCAGGCCACGAAGUCCCUGGCGGCGUUGGCCCCCGAGGCCCAGGAGGCCUCCCCCCCGCAGGGCGUGGCCAAGAAGCUCUCCCUCAAGAAGCCGCCAGCCAAGGGCUCCUCGGCCAAGAAGUUCUCCUGCAAAAUCUGCGCAGCAACCUUUGCGGGCCGGGCAGAGAUGGAGAGCCACAAGCGGGCCCACGUCGGCCCCAGCGCCUUCAAGUGCCCGGACUGCCCCUUCACAGCCCCUGCGUGGCCGGACGUCCGGAGACACAUGGAGCAGCACGCCAGCCUCCGGCCCCACAAGUGCCUGCACUGCAGCUUCGCCUCCAAGAACAAGAAGGACUUGCGCCGGCACACGCUGACCCACACCAACGAGAAGCCCUUUUCUUGCCACGUCUGUGGGCAGAGGUUCAACCGCAACGGGCACCUCAAGUUCCACAUGCAACGGCUGCACAGCUCUGAAGGGAAGCCGCCGCCCGCGGACCCUGUGCCCGGCGCCCCCCAGACCAUCCUCCUGAACGGUGACGAGGAGACGCUGGCCACCCUGCAGACGGCUCUGCAAUCCAGCCAGGCCCUGUUGUCUCCGGAGCGGCUCCAGCAGGCUCUUGGGCAAGAGCACAUCAUCAUGACCCAAGAGCCAGGUGGCCCCGAUCAGGAGGAGGCCGCCUACAUCCAGGAGAUCACCACGGCCGACGGGCAGAUGGUCCAGCACUUGGUGGCGGCCGAGAACCAGGUGCAGUACAUAAUCACCCAGGAUGGGAUCCAGCAUCUUCUACCCCACGAGUAUGUUGUUCUGCCAGAGGGGCAUCAUAUCCAGGUGCAGGACGGGCAGAUCACUCACAUCCAAUACGAGCAAGGCGGUCAGUUUGUGCAGGAGCCCCAGAUCCAGUAUGUCCCCCUGUCACCUGGGCAGCAGCUCGUCACCCAGGCUCAGCUGGAGGCAGCAGCACACUCUGCAGUGACAGCAGUGGCAGAUGCGGCCAUGGCCCAGGCCACCGGGGGCACGGACAGCCCCACGGAACAGCUCCACCAGCUCCAGCCCGGUGUCCAUUACGGCAUCAUCACCCUGGCGGAGUAGCGAGGGACGGGGCCUCCUCCACAAAGGGACACCAGAGCCGACCUGCCGUGUGUGACGGGACUGGCAGGGCAUCCAGAUCGUGCCUUCUGCGGCGUCCUGGCCUCGGCUGGCCGUUUGCCUCUCGGAAAGAACUGCGGCGCGCCGUUGGCUGGGCCAACCGAGCCUGCCUGCUGCUGGCCAACCGGCCGGGACUUAUGGAGAGGAGCUAGACUGCAGACGGGCAGCCGAGGCGGCUCCCUCCUCAUCAACAGCCUUUGCUGGCUUCUUGAACACGCUUCCAAAUAAAAGUGCUGGACUCUC